AAAUGAAUGAAUUGACUUAAAAAGAGAAAGAGAAAAUGGAAAGAAAGAAACAAAGAAGAAUUGGCUUGUUACAUCUGCACCCAGUCGUCGAUUCCGUGUGGCCACUCACCACCACCUCAUCAUCAAUGACCGACCGCGUCCCCAAUUACUAGGGUUUCUUUCUUUCUCUCUCACGCUACUCCUCAUGUUCCUCCUCAAUUCCUGAUUCUCUCUUCCUUCCGAUUCUCCCAUCAUGGAAGCCGCAACACUCCCUCCCGCCGCCGCUCCCGUUUUGAAGAGGAAGCGCGGUCGCCCGGCGAGAGCAGUUCCGAAAACUACUUCUGCUGCUCCUCCUCCUCCUCCACGGAGCCAGAAAAGAGAUGAGGAAGAUGUCUGCUUCAUCUGCUUCGACGGUGGAUCCCUCGUUCUCUGCGAUCGACGGGGUUGCCCUAAAGCAUAUCAUCCCUCCUGUGUUAAGCGAGAUGAGGCGUUCUUCCGUUCAAAGGCCAAAUGGAAUUGCGGUUGGCAUCUAUGUACCAAAUGUGCGAAGACAUCCCAUUAUAUGUGCUAUACAUGUCCCUAUUCUUUGUGCAAAAGAUGUACAAAAGGUGCUGAUUUUGUCAGUGUCAGAGAAAACAAAGGUUUCUGUGGAAUAUGCAUGAAAACUAUAAUGCUGAUUCAGAACAGUGCCCAGGGAAAUGAGAAGUGUGAAGUGGAUUUUGAUGACAAAAGCAGUUGGGAGUAUCUUUUCAAGGUGUAUUGGAUGUAUUUGAAAGAGAAGCUAUCUUUAACUUGUGAUGAGCUCCUUCGAGCUAAAAACCCGUGGAAAGGUGCUGCUUCUAUGAAGUGCAAGGUUCAAACUCCCCAGGAACUUUAUCAUCCUAAAGUUGAACAAGGUUCUGGUUCUGAGAUCUCUUAUGUAGAUAUAGAACCAAAUAAAUUGAAUAACACGAAGUCUAACACAAGUGAUAAACAUCAUAUUUUGGAUGGUGUCUUGAAUGAUGUUGGAUGCUCUACACAAGACUUGCCCAUGACCUGUGAGCCAACUGGGAAUACGUGUAUAAUAAAGAACCAAAUCAACACUAAUGAAGCAGCAGUUGAUGAUAACACUGGUGAAGGAGUUGUUAGAUUAGAAGCCUCUAGUCAGUCUAGUGUUCCAGUAAACAUUUCAUCAUUACUUCUCUCCACCGGGAUGGAGCAGCCAACUGGUGAUUUUUUGAAUGAUAUAUCAUGGCAUUAUCAGGAUCCAACUGGGAAGGUUCAAGGACCCUUUUCUAUCUUUCAGCUGUCUAAGUGGAAUGAAAGUGGACAUUUCCCUCCAGAUCUCAGAAUAUGGAGGACAGAUCAGAAACAAGAAAACUCUAUAUUAUUGAAUGAUGCACUAAUUGGGAAAUGUUCCCAAAAUGUGUCAUUGCCAUACAACAGCCAACAACUGUCUUUGGAGUCCUGUGUUACCCUGGAUAAGAAAGAAAAUAGUCAGGAUGGUGUGAACAAUUCAACAAGGAAUGAAAUUUGUGCAAACAGCCAAAUUGUGGAGCAGAGCCUGGAGCAGAAGGUGGAUGGUACUUGUACCCAGUCUAACAGUAAAGAUGAAUCUAUUAGGAUUGAUGAACAGAAGGUGGAUGGUUCUUGUACGCAGUCUAACGGUAAAGAUGAAUCUUUUAGGAUCGAUGAGCGGCACUCUUCAUCUCGUUGUGCGAUACCAGCAGACGGGAAUAACAAUGUGAGUCAAAGUGGAAAUAUUGAAAAGAUGGAGCUGUCCAAAUGUGAAAUUCCUUGUCAUAAUGGUCCCCAUGUAUACCCUACACUACCUUCAACUACCUUUUCUGUUAAAUUUAAUGAGGAUCAUUUUAAUAAAUUAAGCGAAGGUCAUGGAAAUGAGGGAAACUCUGAAGAUAAUGGAAAUUAUGGCUCGAACAGGAUUUCCGAGGGUCAGAGUCCUAGUGGGCAAAGUUAUCAGAAACAAUCAGACAGUGAAGAGAAUUCAGGGCAAUCUACUAGUCAGAACUGGAAUAAUCCUCCUAUAGUUCUACCAACACCUUGUAAUCCAAAUUCAUGGAUGGCAGCACUAUUUGGUGAAACAACUGAUUUUAGCUCAUUAGUUGAUGAAUCAGUUUCAGACCUAUUGGCAGAAGUGGAGGCAAUGGAGUCACUUGGUGCUGGAUUAGAAUCCCCCACUUCAAUUAUGAAAUGUGGUGAGGAGUUGACUGACGGUUCUAUAACUGAAUGUCUCAGUUUUGCAAAUGGGUUUAGCCCAAUGCUUGAUGCAGGUAAAGGUGAUGCACUGAGCUCCACAGCUGAUUUAAACCUACCAUAUCAUUCCAAUGCAGCAGAGGAACCAUUUCAGCAAGCAGGUUUACAGCAAUAUCAUCAUCAUCAAAAAGUCUCUGGGGAGCAUCCCUCAAGAAGUUCUGAAGUUGAGUCUACAUUUUCAAGGAUUAGCUGGAAUCCAUCCAAUCAAUUUUCCUGGGAUCCAAAUUGUUGACCGUGACAGAUUAAGUCGAAGGCCGGUUUUCUUAUAUUUAGGCUACACUGAUCUUAGACCAACUUGAAUUGGAUAAGUAUUAUCCUGUUUAUAACCAGCAUUCUUUGCAAAUUAUAAUAACCUCUCUCACGUUUGUUUGUUGAUGAAGAAAAGGAGCGUUGGGGUUCUUGGUAGUCAUGUUUAUUUUGUUAGGUAACUUCAUUGAAUAUUAAAUAUGAAGAACUUGCUAGAUUUCUCUAUCGAACGGGACCCUUUUUCUUCCAUUUCAGGAACUAAUAAUGAACAGCGUAUAUAUUUUUGGUCAAAA